AUGUCUUCGACAAGGUCUGUGCUUUGGCUUCUGCCAUUCACAGCUUCAUUCAAUCUCGUCACGCAUGCCAAAGCAGAAGCCCCUCUGGUUCCUCUAGCCUAUGAGCCCCUUCCGUUGGGAAGCAUCUCGCCAAACGGAUGGUUGAAAACCGAGCUUGAAACUUCCGCCGCAGGUCUCGGUGGACACUUAUAUGAUUUUUAUCGCUUCGUGAAAAGUUCGUCAUGGAUUGGUGGCGAUCAAGAAUAUAGUGAUUUAAACGAAGCCCUCCCAUACUGGGUGAAUGCACUAGUACCGCUCGCGUACACCCUGCAAGACGAUCGUCUCAAGGAUCAAGUUCACACUAUCGUCGAUGAAGUUCUUAGUCGCACUCAAUCUGAUGGUUGGAUUGGGCCGGAGACUCUAGAAAGUGGGGAACGAAUGAUUUGGGCGCGAACACUACUGUUUCUGGGAUUGACCAACUUGGCCGACGCAAACUCAACAUAUGAGAAACCGAUUGUUGAUUCGUUGAUGCGCUUUAAUAGUCUCAUGAAUUCUAUGCUGAAGAAUAACGGGACUGGGAUGAUUUGGCAUCCUGGCGACAAACCGAAUGAGGACGACUUUCUUUGGUUUCGUUCUCGCUCUGAGGAUAUGAUGGUCAGUGUUCAAUGGCUGAUUGACUAUCACGCUGGCAACAAUACCGAGAUGCUGAAAGAAAACUUGGAUAUGCUUCAUGAGUAUGGGUAUAAGUGGGAGGGUUGGUAUACGGAGCACAGCUAUAUUAAGGAGGAUCUCUAUGAUCUUCCGGAGUCUGUGACGGAUGACCAAUGGGCGUUUCUUCAUGGAGUGACCAUUGCUGAAGGUCUCAAGUAUGCAGCAGCGGUGAGACGCUUCACGUUCAACGAAAGCCUGAUGACGACUGCCAUGAAUGGAGUUAAAUGGACAAUGGAGUACCAUGGAGCCCCCAGCGGUACAAUUCUCGCUGAUGAACGAAUUGACGGACUGAACCCAUACUAUGGAUCGGAACUGUGCACUCACGUAGAGACAAUAUACUCUCUGGCAUACAACUACUUUGCGAUAGGCGACCCAUAUUACGCAGAUCGUGCUGAAUUGGCCGCAUUCAACGCCUUACCGGCGGCUCUUAUGGGAGACUGGUGGAGUCACCAAUACAUGACCGAGCCAAACCAGCCAUUCUCCAAGAAUCUUUCUACGACGCCUUUCUACGACGUUAACACACAGGGACAAACCUUUGGCGUAGAGCCAGACUAUCCUUGCUGCACUGUCAAUCAUCCACAAGGUUAUCCCAAGUUCACCUUAUACUCCUACGUGAAGAAGGGAACCACCGGCCUUGUCCAUGCACUUCUCAGCCCGGCGACCGUCACCACACAAAUCAAUGGAAAGCAAGUGUCCGUGAACUGCGAGACAGACUACCCGUUCAAAAAUACUCUCUCGUACACUAUUGACAGCGAUACUGAGUUUGAAUUCUACCUUCGCGUACCCAGCUGGUCGACAGGGGUAACAACCCAAGGUCUGAAAGACACGCCAGCAACUGAUCCCAAGACCGGACUGAUGAAGUUCGACAUUCCCUCUGGUACUACAAAAUUCACCUACAGUAUUGGGGCAGAGAUUCAAGUCACUCCUCGAGCGAAUGAUACCGUCUCAAUUUACAGGGGCUCACUCUUGUACGCGCUAUACAUAAAGCCUGACAUCUCAUCCGGCCCGCCCAAGUUUUAUAACAACCAGACCGAUUAUCCCGAAGGAACGUAUCCUCCCCAGGCACAAGAUCAUGUUCUCCUUAAUACCACGGAGUGGAAUGUUGCGAUUGACCCGGCUACUUUGGCUUACGAUGCAGGAUCUGGUCCACUUCCUGAACCUACUUUCCAGGAUGGUGCUCUUCCCAUGUACAUGACCGCUCAGGGAUGUCUGAUUGAUUGGCCCUUAUUUCUUGGUGCUGUUCCUGGGUCGCCUAUUCCCAAGGAUGAUCGAAAUUGCUUGGGGGAUGCAUUUGAGGUUACCCUUCGUCCUUAUGGAAGCGCGAAGCUUCAUAUGUCGGAGAUUCCUACGAUUGAUCUCUCUGGGAAAUAA